AACCUACCUACAACAGAUGAAACUAUGGAAGUUGAAGGAGUUGGAGGAGGUAUCACAACAUUUCAUAAAAGUAUCCAAGUUCCACUACAAAUACAUGAAGAUGAAGUCGUAUGGACAUCUUUCUGGGUGGGACCGAAUUCACAAGGAAGCCUCAUUGGCAUGGACAUACUUCCAUUGUUGAACAUGAUCAUCUUCACUGACAGUCGUCAAAUCGCUACAACAGCUGGGAUAAUACCACACGAAGAUCGCACAUGUAAUUUGAGUUCAGUUGGUGCAGCAAAACCAAUCAUCAGAGACUGGACCAAAGACGGUGUGUGGGGUCUUCUGUGCAGUUUACAUCCAGAAGUUUGGGCUAAACACAAAUUUGAUUGUGGCAAAGCCAACAUUGACCCUGUUGUUAUUGAAGGGCCGACACAUGCCCCUCAUAAACAAUACCCUAUCCGACCUGAAGCAAGACGAGCCGUGGAAGAGAUAGUGGCAGACUUGGAAGCUGAAGGGAUCAUCAGACAAACUUCAUCAACCACUAAUAGUCCUGUCUGGCCUGUCAAGAAAUCGGAUAACUCAUGGAGAUUAACCAUUGAUUACACAAGACUCAACAGUGUAACACCAAAACCGCAUCCUAUUGUGGCCAAUCCUGCCACCAUUCUGAAUGAUAUUCCAGGAAAUGCAAGAAUUUUCACAGUACUAGAUGUACUGUCUGCUUUCUGGUCUAUACCUAUUGACGAAAAAUCUCAAGAGAAACUUGCCUUCACAGUGGGUGCAAAACAGUAUGUCUGGAACAGACUCCCACAAGGACUUAAUAUUUCUCCUGUGGUAUUUCACAGAACUUUGGAUCAGUUCUUAACUGAGCAAAAAGCUGAAAUCGAGAGUUCAGGAAGUGUUUGCCUCCAAUACGUGGAUGACUUGUUAAUUGCAAGCCCAGAUGAAAACAGCCACAUAUUUGCUCUGAAUAUUGUCCUACAAGCCCUUAAGAAAGGAGGAUUCAAAGUCAACCCCGACAAAGCACAGCUGGCCAAAACCAAGGUUAUCUACUUGGGCCAAGAAAUAUCUGUCGAGGGAAGGAGACUGACAACAGAGCGUGUGGAGGCAUUACGGCAACUUCCAAAACCUCUAACAGUUACAGGAAUGAGGAAAGUGAUGGGACUUUUCAACUAUUGUCGUCAGUAUAUUCCUGAUUUUGCCAGCAUCACCAGUCCCCUCAUUGACUUGUACAAGGGAGGAAAGCCUGGAAUGGAACAGAUAAACUGGACACCGGAAGCUGAGGAAGCAUUUACUUCAAUGAAAGAAAAACUGACUUCAGCCCCAGCCUUGGGACUUCCUGAUGGACGAUUGCCAUUUCAUUUGUGGACCAGGGUGGGAGAUGAGACGUACUCAGCAGUACUGUGUCAAAAACCAGGUGAUCGAUACAAACCAGUUGGAUACUUUUCCACAAAGAUUCCUGUUACAAUGAUUGGUCAACCACGAUGUAUACAAGCUCUCGAUGGUGCCACAUGGGCAGUGGAUGCUGUGGAAAAUUUGAUAGGAGCACAAACAAUCAUAUUGCAUACUCCACACAGUAUAGUGACGUUGCUGAACAACACAAACAUCAAGACCAUUACUGAUGCAAGGAGAGCAAAAUGGGAAGCAACUUUGUUGAACAAGGAUUUGAGAGUGGAAAUCAUCAGAGACACAUCCCUUAACCCUGCAACAAUGAUGAUCGAACCACACGAGGGAACACCACAUGAGUGUGAAAAACAAGUAGAAGAAGAAAGUCUUGGUCCUGUUAAUCCAACACCUCUUGAAAAUCCAGACAAGGAGUUAUGGGUCGAUGGAUCCAGUUACUAUGUUGAUGGAAAACGACAUACUGGAUGGGCUGUAGUGGAAGCUGAUGGAAAUGUCGUGAAGAAAGGAGCUCUUUCUGGGCAUUUUUCAGCACAAGUAGCUGAGCUCAUAGCACUUGCAGAAGCUUUCGAAUUAUCGGAAGGACAACGAGUCAACAUCUACACAGAUAGUCGUUAUGCUUUUGGAGUGGUCCAUGACUACCUUGCCCUGUGGAAAAAACGUGGACUUAUCACCAGCAAUGGGAGCGAAAUACAACAUGCUUCCAUAAUUCGUCGUUUGAUUGCAGCAUGUCACCUACCCAGAGAAGCAGCCGUGAUCAAAGUAAAAUCACAUCAAUCUGACAAAUCCAAAGAAAGUCAAGGAAACACGGCAGCAGAUGCAGCGGCCAGAGAAGCAGCACUACUUCCUCUUACUCCUGUUACCUUGGUAAAGGAAAACACCGAAGAUAAUCCUGAGCUCCGCCUUCUGUCAUAUCAAACUGAGACAGAUGAAGAGAAAGAACAAUGGAUAAAAGCGGGAGCGAAAGAGGAUGAUCAAGCUAUCUGGAGAAUUCCAACAGGACAAGUGGUGAUGCCUAUCGGAACAAGAAGGGAACUAAUGCAGCUGUAUCAUGGAAAAGUACAUGCUGGAGCAAAAGCAAUGAAAGCUCAAAUCAGCGAGACGUGGUGGUGGCCACGAAUGAUGAGAGACAUUGAUGAUUACUGUAGAAGAUGCUUGAUAAGAGCAAUGGUUCUGCCUCCUGAUGCUCCGCCGCCUGCGGGAACAGGAGGAGACUCUACUUUGUUCCAAGAGAAGUUACGACGUUAUCUCACAAUGCUGGACAAAGCAAUCAAAGACAAUAAUAAGAAAGUGCGAGAAGCUCAACAGCAAUGGGAUGAAAAACAUACCACUACUGACAUUCCACACAUUCCCGAGUUAGGCAGUUUUGUUAUGGUCAAACGUAUUCCCAGGAAAGGUUUAGAACCUAGGUGGGAGGGGCCAUAUGAGGUACUCUUAACAACAGAUACAAGUGUUUGUCUCAAAGGGAAAGGUGUAGGAACAGAUAGAUGGUAUCAUUGGUCACAAGUUAAACCAUGCUUAGUGAAUGAACAAGAUGAUAAUGAUGGCUUAUGGCCUGAGAUUGAGCAAUGUUCAUCCAUUAUUUUUAAAGAUUGGGAACAAAGAAGUGAUGCUAAUUAUUCCUUUGCUUCCAUUUCAGGAAUCAAUUCCAUUGACAUUGAUUAGAGAUGGUUGCAAGUUAUUCUCGAUACCCAACGAUGAUGGUAUGCUUAUUUUUAACUUUACUUGGCAUUUGUCAAGAAAGCCACGCUUUAUGGACUCCUCGAGUUCAAGAGAUCACUCGGAGUGCAACUCUGAAAUCUGGUCAACAUUUUACCCUACCCUUUAUUUCCAGAUGGGGAUUAUGGGAUUGGGUGCCACGUAAUGACACAGACCUUGCUAAAUAUCGUAAGGGCAUCUAUGGAGGAUGUAACUUUUACCACCAAUGUUACAAAAGCAGAGUAAUUUGGCCGGUAAAAGACGGGGGGUAUACUGGUAGUGCUCAAAGACGAGAAAUUUGUGCAAGAGAACGAUGUGAAGUUAUAGGGUUAAACCUCAUAACAUCUACUAAUGUGGAAAUUAAUUUAGUUCUGAAUCGUACCCACAUGCUUACAAUAUGGGAUUCAUUGGCCCAAGGGUGUAUUUAUCCCAUAGGGUUGCCAUGCGAAGGGUUUCUGAGGGAUCCUUCCUCAAAAACAACAAGAUUUAAGGGAAAUUAUGUACGAGUAUGGCAUUCAGAAGAUGAGAGUGAAUAUUGUGAGACUGAACUAGAAACUGGCGAAAUCGGAAGGUGUUUUUAUCUUUCUGCGGAGAAGACAAACAAAGCAAAAACAUGCCCAAAUACAACCAUUGCACCAGCUCAUGGUAUUUUGUUAGCAAAAGAAACCAAAACCUUGAUAAAUGAAGCCCAUAUGGUGCAACAACGAAUUAAUUAUAACUUGAAUUCUCUUCUUACCGUUUUUGAUCAGUCUUAUUGUGGUAAUUUUACACAAAUAAGAAGUUGGUUGGGAAAAGAAGUUAAAUAUUACACCUCUAAAAAUCCUCUGAGUAGAAAAAAUCGUAAAACUCGAAGUAUAUGGGGAGAUAUUGCGGGGGUAUUUGGUUCUGUCAAUUCAAUCAGUAAUACUGCUCAAAUGAAUCAGUUAAGUAAAUACACUCAGUGGGUGGGAACAAUGAGUGGGAAAGGACUCACUGAGGCUCUUCAGGGUUCUCUGCAUAUUAUUGCAGCGGGUCAGCAUCUUAAUGAUGCUGCAAAGGAAUUGGCAGAUGCAUUAAUAAAAUCGUCUGAUUUUGAGACGCAUCGUGCGGCGUGUUUAUUUUUAGCUCAGAAUUUAAAGGAUCAAAUGGUAGAAGAUAUUCAAGUUAUUCGAAUGGGACAAGUUCCUGAGCGAAUAGCAGAAUCAUUGUUAGUGGUUUUCAGGAAUCAACUUAAUUUGACUUCUGCUAAACAUAUUCCAUUAGUUAAAAUCGCUAUUAAUGAAAAUUCAUUGUCAGGUUCUGGAAUGUUACCUUUGAUUAUGAUAUGGCCUCAAUAUGGGAAGCGUAAUAUUAUGACAGUCAGGAAAUUCCAAUCAAUGGGUGUUAGGCAAGGUAAUUCAGUAAUUAGAUUAGGAAGAAAUGGAUAUUGGGCUGAAGGUGAUACACCAAUGAUUUCUACCACAGACUGUUGUGUCGAGGAACAUGAGUGGGUAAUUUGCUCAUGCUCUACAAUGUUUAGUCUAUCUCUUAAUGGUUCUGCUGUUUGGGAUGUAGUUCCUUUGAGUCAGGCCACAGGUGCAUGGCAACUUUCAGAAGCGCAGUGGUGUAUAUUACAUGAUGGAACAAGUGAAAAUAUGAUAUACGGGGGAAAGUUGUGUCCAAUCCCUCCUGAUCCAUUUUGUCUUGAAAUUCUCUAUCCUCUUCAUUUGGGUGGAAAUCAUGUUCCACAUGUGCAAUUGUUACAGGUAGAACCACAAUGGUGGAAUAAUGACUUAGUAGAAGAACGGAAUUAUGAACUCUUUGAGAUGGUUAAAAUAGUUAGAAAGAGUGUAAAAGCAGCUCAAGACGAGGGAAUUCAAGCAAUGGGUCAUGUUAUAGUAGCAAAUGGAAUAGCUAAAUUGAUGUCUGAAAAGAAACUAACACGAAUCCUAGGGAAUUUAUCGUGGUCAGAUUGGAUAGUUUUGAUCAUGGUAGGAGUUCUUGCAGUCAUGUUCAUGAUUCAAAUUAUGAUAUGUGUUACUAGAAAAAGAAAUACCAAAUCUGUCAAACUGAUUAUUUCUAACCAAAUGGAUAAAACCAAGGAUGGAGUAUACAGCGUGAAAUAGGGAAAUGUAUGCAUUAUUCCUUACAAAGCAUUACCUCACAAACAAUGAACACCCGCUUACUGAUUCUCAACCCCAAGGGAUAGGACCCUUUUACAUCAACGUUUAUUUUAAUUUCUUAUUUUGGCUCGGAACUGGGGAUUUAAUUAGUUACGAGUUAAUUAAUUAAUGAGUCCAGGCACGAGCAGAAGACUUAUUAGUUUUUUCUUUUCUUAGAUGAUUGGGGUUCAUUUUAAAUACAUACACAUAGCUAUUAAAACACACAUAGUAUACGGGGACAUAACACGGGUUGGGGUUUUGUUCUUUUUGUUCUUUGUUUUGUUUUUCCUUUUCUAUUCUUCUGUUCGUUCUGUCUAUUUUCUUGGUCUGCUAUUUCUUCUCCUCACUAUCACUUCUAUAGGUUGGCCACCUGGGAAUGAUGGUGUGGAACUUACGGCCGUAGUUCCAGUGGAGGGAGAUGAAGACUAAAAUUUCAUCUUUUAAUAUUAUUUCAUUAUUAAAUAUUAUGUAUCUGUAUUAUUAUUCUUUAUUAGUUUUCAUGAUCACUGUAUUAUCCUU